GCAGCAGUGGCGGAAGGCGCUUGGCGGGGCCGAUGAUGACCUCACGCGGCCACGUCUCGGAGCGGCUGUCGGCGGCGCGGAUUGGCUGGCGCGGGCUCAGCGGCACUUCAAAGCCGGCGAGGGAGCUACAAUUGUGGUGGAAUGGGCGGAACUGAUCAUUGUAUUGCACACCUCUUAAAAAAAACACUGCCUCUGAUUUAUCAAUAUAAAAAAGAUCCUCUGAGAGGAGGGCACUUUGUGGGAUGGCAACUUCACUUCUAGGGGUGAGUCUGAGGAUUUUCUCCCCCCCCCCUUUGCUGUUUUAAUUGGGUCCUUUUUAUUGGCGAUUGGAGAAGGGUUAAAGUAGCCCCUCUCUUGACCGGGGGCUAUCAGUCUCUCCUAUUGAGGCUUUUAUUUCCCCCCCUCUUUUGCCUUUCUCUCUUCUAAGUCCAAGUGAGUUCGAGAGAAAAGAAAGCGGAAAAGGGGGAGGGGGAGGAAGAAAGAGGGCAGUCACUUUUUUUGUUUUUUUGUCAGAGUGCAGGCAAAGGUUUUAAGGGCAUUAGUAGGAACCACGUCCAGAGCUUGGGCUGAGCUAUUCCUGUAUCCCCGGAGAACUGGCCUCUCUCCCUCUCCCUCCCUCUAUUAUCUGCUCCGAGGGAAAAAGCAGCUGCCUCGCUCGGUCUCCUCUUUCCCUGAGAGGUUUUUUCCUCCUUUAAAAAAAAUUGCGACAGCCUGUUGUUGUUGUUUUUCCCCUCCUUUAACAUUUCACUGAGCCCGUCAUUUCCUGCAGGAAGAACCGCGCCUGGGUUCCACUCCGCUGGCCAUGCUCGCCGCCACCUGCAACAAGAUCGGCAGCCCCAGCCCGUCGCCGUCGGACAGCGCGUCGCCCUUCGCCAAAGGCUUCCACCCGUGGAAACGCUCGUCGUCGUCGUCGGGCAGCUGCAACGUCGUGGGCUCCAGCCUGGCCGGCGUCGGCGUGUCCGCCUCGGCCCGCAACGGCUCUUCGGCUCACGCGGCGGCAGCGGCCGCAGCAGCGGCGGCGGCGGCCGCGCUUGUCUCGGACUCGUUCAGCUGCGGCGGAUCGCCGGGAUCCAGCGCCUUCUCGCUCACGUCCAGCGGCGCCGCGGCAGCCGGCUCGCCCUUUGCCAACGACUACUCCGUCUUCCAGGCGCCCGGGCCGUCGGGGGGCAGCGGCGGUGGAGGGGGCGGCAGCGGCGGCGGCGGAGGGGCGCAGGACGCGCACCAGCCGGUCUUCAUCUCCAAGGUGCACACGUCGGUGGACGGCCUGCAGGGCAUCUACCCCCGCGUGGGCAUGGCGCACCCGUACGAGUCGUGGUUCAAGCCUUCGCACCCGGGCGACGCGGGCGCCUCCAGCUGGUGGGACGUGGGCGCCGGCUGGCUCGACGUGCAGAACCCCAACGGGGUCCACCCGGCCGCCGCGGGGCUCCCCGCCGGCUCCCUGCACUCCCCUCUGGGCGCCUACAACUCGGAUUACUCGGGCCUGGCGGGCCACUCGGCCUUCAGCAGCGGCGCUGCCUCUACGCACCUCCUGAGCCCCGCCGGGCAGCACCUCAUGGACGGAUUUAAGCCCGUGCUGCCGGGCUCGUACCCGGAGCCGUCGCCGUCGCCUCUGACGGCGGGCGCGGGAGGCUCCAUGCUGGGCGCGGGCCCCUCCGCGCCGCUAGGCGGCUCCCCGCGCUCUUCGGCGCGCCGCUACUCGGGCCGCGCCACUUGCGACUGCCCCAACUGCCAGGAGGCCGAGCGCUUAGGCCCCGCCGGCGCCAGCCUGAGGAGGAAAGGCCUGCACAGCUGCCACAUCCCCGGCUGCGGCAAGGUGUACGGCAAGACGUCGCACCUCAAGGCGCACCUGCGCUGGCACACGGGCGAGAGGCCGUUCGUGUGCAACUGGCUCUUCUGCGGCAAGCGCUUCACGCGCUCGGACGAGCUGCAGCGCCACCUGCGCACGCACACGGGCGAGAAGCGCUUCGCCUGCCCGGUCUGCAACAAGCGCUUCAUGCGCAGCGACCACCUCAGCAAGCACGUCAAGACCCACAGCGGAGGCGGCGCGGGAGGAGGAGGAGGAGGAGGCGGCGGCGGCUCGGGAGGCGGCAAGAAAGGCAGCGACACCGACAGCGAGCACAGCGCCCCCGGGAGCCCGCCGUGCCACUCCCCGGAGCUGCUGCAGGCCUCCGAGCCCGGCCACCGGAACGGCCUGGAGUGAAAGCGGCAGGCCCCGAGGCAAGGCCCGGAGGGGGACUCCUUUACGUGUGUAUGUGGUUUUCCUUCUUUCUCCUCCCGCCUUUUUGUUUUCCCGCCCAGCCGCUUGAGGGGAAACCUCGCGCCCCGUCUCAGCGACUCUGGUGAGGGGGUUA